CGCACAGCUGAUUUCCCUCGCAGAGCUUGUCAACAAAGAUCGUGUACAGUUGCAAUACAACAAUAACAACAUGAAGCCGAUCGUGGUUGCCGAUGAAAUGUUUCCAGAAGGCCCAGGACCAUUUAUGGAUCUAGAAGAGGCAGGCGGAUCAUCCGGAUUGUUAAUGGAUUUAGCGGCAAACGAGAAGGAUGUACAUGCUGAUUUUUUCAAUGAAUUUGAAGAUUUGUUUGACGAAGAGGAAGAGGCACAGAUGUAGAUGACGUUAAGAAGCAUGCCGUGCGGAACCCCCC